AUGGCCAAGAACCAAGCUCCUGACCCAAUGGUGAUGGUCGCUGAGCUUGAGAUGGAGAUGAUGUCUGAUAUGUACCGAAGAAUGACAAAUACUUGCCAAGCGAAAUGCAUCCCAUCCCAUUACAAAGAAGCCGACUUGACAAAAGGGGAAUCCGUAUGUUUGGAUCGUUGCGUCGCCAAGUAUCUCGAUGUUCAUGAGAAGCUAGGAAAGGUCCUGACUAAUAUGACCCAGCAAGACGAUAAACAACUGCAACAGAAACGAUAA